AUGUCAAAAUCAGAAGUUUUCUUUAGUCGUAAUCUGAGCAUCCCUGCGCAAGAAGACCUGGCUAAGGUUAUGGGGGUCCGCCAUGUUCUUGGUACCGGUAUUUACUUGGGACUUCCGUCUUUAAUAGGUCGAAGUAAGAAGGCUACCUUUUCUUUCAUCAAGGAUCGUAUCUGGAAGCGUAUCAAUUCAUGGAGGGGCAGGUCUUUGUCUAGAACAUGUAAAGAGACUAUGAUUAAGUCUGUGCUCCAGGCUAUUCCGACUUAUAUUAUGAGUGUUUUCCUUCUUCCGGAUGGUGUGAUUGACGAUAUAGAGAAAAUGCUCAAUUCUUUCUGGUGGGGAGGUGGAUCUAAUAGUAAAGGAAUUCGAUGGAUGACAUGGGAAAAAUUGACAGUUUCGAAGGAGGAAGGGGGCUUGGGUUUUAGGGAUUUUCGAGCUUUUAAUAUGGCUAUGGUAGCUAAACAAGGAUGGUUUAUUAUGUCUAAUCCUCAGGCUCUUGUGUCCAGAGUUUUCAAAGCAAGGUAUUUUCCGAGAACUUCUUUCUUUGAUGCAACUCUUGGUUAUAACCCCAGUUUUGUUUGGCGUAGUAUGUGGAAGGCUCGGGAGGUCCUAUCUUUGGGAUGUAGGUGGAGUAUUGGUGAUGGGAGCAACAUAAAAGUUAUGCACGAACCUUGGCUACGUGGGAAAACGAGGGUUGCUUGA